ACUGACCACCGCCAACCAAACCCAACUGAUAAUCUGAUCUUGGCGGUGCCCGGGUCAGUCCGCGUUCGUCAGUCAACCGGUGAGUGUUAACUCGUACUCCAUCAGCUAGUUACGGAAAACGUGAGUGGUCAGUUCGUCGUCUUGGUUCAGCGCAAUCACUACGGGUCCCAAGGUCACUACCAAUUUGAACACUUGCUAACCCCUCCGAUCCAAGAUGGCCGAUGACAAGCGGAAACGAGUGUCUUACUGGUACUUUGGAGGGCUGGCCAGCGCUGGAGCGGCGUGCUGUACCCAUCCGCUGGAUCUGCUAAAGGUUACACUGCAAACGCAACAGGAGGGUAAGAUCUCUCUGUUGCAGCUCACCGGUAAGGUCGUCCGCACGCAGGGCGUUCUGGCAUUGUACAAUGGGUUGUCAGCAUCGCUGCUCCGACAGCUGACCUAUUCCACUACCCGGUUCGGUAUCUACGAGGUCGGCAAGCAAGCCAUGGGCAAUGAUUCGGGUUUCCUGGGUAAGGCGGCUUUGGCCGGAGCUGCUGGAGCCGCCGGCGGUUUCGUUGGAACCCCAGCCGAUAUGGUGAACGUACGCAUGCAGAACGACAUCAAGCUGCCACUGGAGCAGAGAAGAAACUACAAAAACGCCAUCGACGGUCUUUUCCGCGUCUACCGGGAAGAAGGCUUCCGUCGGCUGUUCUCAGGUGCAACAACCGCUACCUCACGUGCCGUGUUCAUGACCAUCGGUCAAUUGUCUUUCUACGAUUUGGUCAAGGACCUACUGCUCAACUCGGGCUACUUCGGGGAUAACCUUACGACCCACUUCCUGUCGUCGCUGACGGCGGGAGCGAUCGCGACCACCAUGACUCAGCCGCUGGACGUGCUGAAGACGCGAGCCAUGAACGCCAAACCGGGCGAGUUCGCUAGCGUGUGGGACAUCGUGAAGUAUACGGCCCGGCUGGGACCGCUUGGGUUCUUCAAGGGCUACGUGCCGGCCUUUGUCCGCCUCGGACCGCACACCAUCCUGACGUUCGUGUUCCUCGAACAGCUGCGGAUGAACUUUGGAUAUCUGAAGCCCGAGAAGAAGUAACGGGAGGGUCCUGCAUGUUGUGUGUUUUGUUGAUGUUGUUUCCUUAGGAUCAAAAUUUAGCUUUUUGUUGCGAUAAGUGUCUUUUCCGAAACAAAACGGGUAGGUUUGCCACAGUUACUCAGUACUAGGUUGAUCAAAUACUAAAAAUGCAUGCAUUUCGGUUCCUUAAACGGACAACACCAAACAAGGAAAUUCAUACUUUUACCAGCUGUAGAUUACGAAUCAGAACUAACAUUCCACUGACGCUAGUUACUACAUUUUUAGGAAGGAUCUACAAAAGUUUUAUUUCUAUCUGUUCAAUUAUGAGAUCAAAGUCGCACUCAGUGCAUCGUAGGGAAUGAAGAAUAAAGGGAACUAUUUAUGUGA